AUGACUGACCUUAUAUUUCUGCUUUAUAACCAGAAAAUGUUGAAAGUGUCAUUUGAAAGCAGUAUUAGUGCAAUAAUGAACAUAUGCGUCUUUACUGAUAUUGAAAAGAAAGUAAGUCCAACAUAUGUUGACAAUGCACGAGCACAGCUGAUGAAGGACCUACCAUAUCACCUAAAAAAAGAUGUUGAUAAUGAGCUCCGUAAACAUAAUUAUCAUUACCUUCCAACACUUAGGGCAUUACAGAACAACAAAAAGUUGAAUAGACGCAAGACAAAGAGGACAAGUCCAUUAAAGCAGAGAGAUUUAGAUGACAUAUUUAUAAAGGAGCUAUGCUAUGUAGGGAUGGAAGUCCAAAUCAAAGAGCAUCUUGUGAAGAAAGAGGAAAACAAAAGAAGAGCAUUUCUAUGGAUGCUUGUUUUACAUGCUGUCCAGAGUCAAAGACAUGGGGGAAAAACAUCAUCCCAGCACUAUCAUUAUUAUCUUGUAUGCAAUGCUAAGAAAAAUGGUCAGCUUAAAGAAUGUCCGUGUUGCUAUGACGAUGAGGUCUUAGAGGAAGAUAUGGACACAUGCAGUGCUGAUGAUACACAUAAAGUCUGCAAUACAUGCAUUAGAAGAUUCCAAAGCAUUUAGCUGAUAAGCCACCACACCCAGCAGUCUUCCCCAACCCACAGCCACCUCCUGCACACCAGCGACGACCACAUCAGCUACCACCACAUCAGCAAAGAAUUCCUGGACAGCCAUUUGCACUUCAACACUUGAUGCGUCGAAGAUUCUUAGCUUUUCCUCCUCCUCCUGCUCACCUGCAGCAGCCACCACCUGCCCACCAGCAAGUCCAUCCUGCACAACUCAUGGUUGUACGCGAAGUGAACAGGCUGCAUCACCACCACCAUCACCACCACCAUCACCACCACCAUCAUCAGCAAGCUUUAGGGUUUCAAGCUAUGGAUCCCCAGCAGCCACAGCAAAACCAGCCCAUGAGGGAAGAUCCUGUUGGUCCCAGGAAUGAGGUAAAUGCUAUAAUGCAGGCAUUCAUGGGGGAACCAGGAUACCCUCAACCUGCACCACCCCAGCAGCCAGAGCCCCUACAUCGUGUGGGGAGAGAUGACCUGGUGAAUGAUUUUAUGAUAGAGGAUGUGGGAGUUCAAGCAGGAGAGGUAGCUAAUCCUGCUGCUCAUCAGAGACGGAAUCAAGAGGUUCAUGGAGAUCUUCAGCAGCAACAGCAGCAGCAACAGCAGCAGCAGCUACAACAGCAGCAACAGCUACAGCAGCAGCAGCAAUACGAACAAGAAAGAAUACAGAUCCAGCCUGAAAAUCCAGGCAACCAAAAUCAGCAGAUCCAGCAUGUGCAGCAUGAGAAUCCUCUUUUCUUAGGCACAGAUGAAUUAAUGAACAUCUUCGGUAAACUAUGAUACUUAAUAAAUGAUAGCUCAAGUGAUCACUUAUUUAUUUAUUAAUAUUUGACAACCUUUAAUUCAUCUGAAUUCAAAUUAUUUUAUAGAUAGAGGGUAUAUGGUUAUUAUUUUCAUUAUUCAUAUUUUAAUUGCAAGGUUGUUUUGGAAAAAAAUACUAUUGUAUUGGAUAUGGUUGAACAUAAUGCGUAUCAUCUUAUUAUAUUUCCUUAGAACAAAUUAUUAUAUUACUACUUGACACAAGGAUUAGUCAAAAAGUUUCCAGAUUCUCUAAACCUUGCUAUUAUUUUUAAAUGAAGAUUCUGGUAAUCUUCAACAAAAGCCUUCUAAAGCCUAGUCUCCAUGUUCGUAAUAUACUGUGCCACUGCACCUUCAAGGUUCUGAAAUCUCCAUACAUGAAGCUCUGCUUUAGUCUUAGGGAACAUAGAGAAGAUUUUGCUGCAUCAGGUGUACACUGUUUAGAGAUGAUGGUCAUGUCUGUCAAAGGCUGCAUAUCACCACAUGUAGAUGCUGACAGUGCAGGAAGAACCUAAUUUCACCAUGAUUGCAACUGCAUACUUGUCUCAUACAGGAUUUUUUUCUGACCCAUCCUCAUAUUUCUAUGUCUCAUGUGAACAAGAUCUGGGGAUGAUGUUUUUUAUUUAUUUAUUAUUUUAUUAUUUUUUUGCAAUGGCCUUUUAUCACCUUAGGGCAAGAUUAUGGAUAAAGGCCUGUAUUUUGCUGCCAAUUGCUAUGCAUUUCCUCCAUACUUUGUCCUGUUCCAUUAACAGUCCUUAACUGUUUUUGCCCAGCAAAGGUGCCAGCACUCAAUAUAUUACGCUCAUUUAUACCAUAACUUACUUAAUCAUAGCCAAGCAACAUUAAUUAGACCUGACCUAACAAUGUAAUAUUAAUGUAAAUUUGAUGUAAUCCCAGUGCAGACUAGCUUGAACAAACUUUACCAAAGGAAAUAAACCAUAUCAAACCAAAUGAAACCCAUCAUAUCCCAAACGAAACCUCAGGAGCACAGUACAAAUAGUCAAUUGACAUUGAAGUACAGGCCCAGUCUCAAUAUCUACAAAAAGAUGCCAACACAUAUUCAUCAUGUCUUGUUUAUCCUGACAAAUACAAAAAAAAAAAAAAUAUUUUUUAUGGAUGUGAUUUCUAUGCAAUGGGAAAAGUUCAUUUUUUUUGUACAGUGUGGUCUUCAGUCUGUAUGAACUUUAUCUGACCCUUAGACCUCCUCAUGAUGUAGAAAAAUUGAGGCUGACAAAAUAUUAUUC